AGAAAAAAUUAUUUUUUAAAAAAUGACAAUUUCAAAUUAUUAUUAAAAUAAUAAUGAAUAAAAUAAAAUAAAAUAUGCCCAAAUACUCCAUUAGGCGAUUAUCACAUAAAUGGUCUUUGAUUUGGAAUCAAUGGAAACAUCAAUUGUUCGAUCGUUAUCGAUUAUGUUUAUUAUUUUUUAAAAGUCAUUUUUAUAAUUCACAUUCCGAUGCAUAUUAUCUAGCAGAUACUAUUUUAGAUCCUAUAUUUUAUGCAGUCGAUCAUUAUCUUAAAUAUUGCGGAACAAUUUUUGUUCUUGUUGUAUUUUUUCUACUUUUGGCAUUCAUUUCUUUUGCCUAUAUUAUUGGAGUUCCAUAUUGGUACCAUCGAUCACAGCCAGUUUUUUGGAUAGCAUUUGUGAUUGGACACUGGCUUUUGAUCAAUGUUAUAUGGAAUUAUUUUAAAUCACUUUAUACUUUACCUGGCUGGGCCAUUGAUAAACCAAUCAUUAUCGAAGUGACUUCAUUUUGUAAAAAAUGUUCAGCAGCUAAACCACCAAGAUGCCAUCAUUGUUCAGUUUGCAACAAAUGCAUCCUGAAAAUGGACCACCAUUGUCCAUGGCUCAACAAUUGUAUUGGCCAUUAUAAUCAUCGAUAUUUUUAUUUCUUUUGUGCAUACACCUGGUUGGGAACAAUAUUUGUUAUGGCUUUUGGCGUUUGGGUUGCCGUCGACCAUUGGUUUCCUCAAUUUAGUCCGUUCGAACCAAUACAAAUUCAAUGGUUCGAUACUGAUUAUGUUACAAAUUCUCUAGUCAUUCAAUUUCUUUGGCUAUUCAAUCGACCGAAAUGGAAAACAAAAUUAAUGGUAUUUGAAGCCAUUAUAACAGUAUUAUUAUUUAUUCUUCUAGGUUUGUUAUUACGUUAUCACACGAUAUUGGUAAACAGUGGAGAAACAUGCAUUGAACGUUAUAUAAAUCGUAAAUGUCGUCGACAUUUUCAACGCUAUAAUCGCCAUUACCAGAAUCCAUAUGAUUUUGGUUGGCGAGAAAAUUGGUGCAGAUUUUUAGGCUUCGAUCGCCAUCGACACCCAUGGCGCCAUAUAUUAUUGCCAUCGAAUUUCGGACCAACAGGAAAUGGUUUCACUUGGAAAACCAUCGAUGAUAAUGAUUUUAAUGAUGAAAUGUGUUAAAUGAUUAUUCUGUACAUAUUUGCAAUGUGAUGAUCUAGUUGGUUUCACACAUUAUAAUAUUGUGUUUAUGCUAAAUAACUAAAACUUUAGAUAUUUACUAUUUAUAAAAUGACUUUUAUGAUUAA